AUGGAGGAUCUACAAGCCGGUGUUCGUAAGGCCAAGAGCCUGCAGAUGGACCCCCAGCCACUCAGAGCAGCAGCCGGGCGGCUGAAGUCACAGGUCGACUCCGGCCGCCUUCCAGGCGCCAUGACUUGUGCAGUCAAGGAGGGUCACGUCAUCCACUUCGAGGCCCACGGUUUUUCAGACCUGGCCGGCCAAAUGGCCAUGAACUCUCGGACGCUGUUCCGGCUCUACUCGCAGACGAAGCCAGUGCUGGUGGUAGGCUUCCUGAUCCUCUUCGAGCGCGGUGAGGUCCUUCUCGAUGAUCCGGUUGAGAAGUAUUUGCCUGAGUUCAAAGAUGCAGCCGUCGGCCCGCAACGAAAGCCACUCUCGCGCCCGAUACUGGUGCGCGACCUGCUCGCUCACACCAGCGGAAUCGGCUUUGGACCUGGCUUCGGCUACGAGGCCGAGAACGACUACGAAUCGACCUAUGUGGGGUUGGUGAAAAAGGUGGAUGCCGGGGAGAUCCAUUCUCUGGCAGAAUGGUGUGAAGAGCUUGCCAAAAUACCCUUGCGGUUCCAGCCCGGCAAAGAUUGGGGAUACGGCUACAGCUCAGAUGUACUGGGAAGGCUCAUCGAAGUGCUCACGAAGAAGCGGCUGGAUGACUUUCUCAAGGAGGAGGUGCUGGAGCCCUUAGGGAUGGCCAACACCUUCUUUGCAGUUCCCGAAGAACAGGCUGCAAAGCUGGCGGCACUUUACAAGAGGGAACCCUGGCAUGGGAAAGCAAAGACCGUUCGCUUCGUGACUUCGGAUGUGGGCGGCAGCGGCAUUAUGGAAGACCUGUCCAGGAACGUGCUGGCGAGGCCUGAAGUGGACAAGUCAUCCGUGCAUGCGAUGCCAACCUCUGUUUUUCUACACGGUGGGCCGGCAUCGAAGGUCAUACAGGGUGGUGGCUGCAUCUGCAGUGUUGCAGGUGGACUUGUCAGCAACUUUGCCGAUUGCUCGCGGUUCUUCCAGAUGAUCGUCAACAACGGAGAGCUGGAUGGUGUGCGACUUCUCAAGGCCGCAACCGUGCAGCUGCUCGGGCGUGACUGGUUGAACGAGUUCACCACUGAGAAGCGGAGGCGCCCGCUGUGGGUCUGGAACACGCCUGGCAUUGGCUUUUCCCCUCUGGGCCAAAUCGGCGUCAAGUUCAAGGGUGCCAACCGCCGAACAGUGGGGUCGCAGCUGCACACCGUGCACUGGGGCGGUGCAGGUGGAUCUGGCUACAUGCUCAACUGGCCUCAUAGAUUGGUCGUGCUGACCUACAGCGGAGUCGUCUUCGAUACUGACACCCAGAAAACGAUGUGGCGAGCUGCCUUUGGCUCACUUCGAAGAGGCGGCGCAAAACCAGUGGCCUCAGUCUUUCAAGAGGAGAGCAAGGAUCCAAGGGAUAGCCAGGUAGUCUUUUGCUUCGGCUCGGAUGCAGUUUGCUUGUAUUUGCAAGCCACGUGUGCACUGGCGAUUCAGAAAGGAAAGCAGGCCUGUGAGACUUCUGCCUCUGCCUUCCCCAUGACGCUGGGAUCAAGUGAGCCGAGCCAGACUCAGUCCACUCAACCCGAAGAUGUCCCAUCCCACUCGGAGGAGGUAGUCCGCCUAGCGCUUUCAACCUUAGCAUCGGCACUGGCCCAGGCCAACGGCGGGCACAGCGAGCGUCUGGGCCCUGCCCUUUGCGCGGCGCUGCGCAAGGAGGGCGCGACCAAAAGGCCACUGGCGGCAUGUGCCACUGGCUCUCCAGCAGAGGAUGUGGUCUUGGCGCGUGUCCGUACUCUGUCGCUCUGUGCUGUGGCCUACUGGCGCGAAGUGUCGCAGGACCUUGGGCGGGCUGCCUCGAGCUUGUCGCGCUUCCUUGAGCAGCAGAGGCACCUGUACUGGAAGAGACCUCCCUACAGAGGUGUGAAUCUCGGUGGCUGGCUGCUGCUGGAGCCAGGGCCCAGCCACGAGCUCUUCCAGACCUUCGGUCCGGAGGCCACCUGCGAGUGGCGGCUGCUUGACAAAAUGCGCAAGCAUUUCGGCACACAGAAAACGAUAGAGGCGAUUCAGGCCCACCGAGCCAGUUUCAUUUCAGAAGAGGACUUCCGCAACAUCCGCUCGAUGGGUUUCAAUGCAGUGCGCAUCCCGUUCGGCUACUGGAUAGUGACUGGGCCUGCUAAGGGCGAACUGUACGUUGGCCCAGGACUGGACUUGUUGGAUCGGGCCCUGACUUGGUGCCAGCGGUUGGGGCUCCAGGCUCUUCUGGACCUUCAUGGGGCUCCUGGUGGUGAAAGUGGCGAGAAGCCCUGUGGACGAGAGCGCAAGGAUUGGAGAUGGGAGCACUGGCGGCUCGAUGAGUCUAUUGAGGCUCUGAGAGUCAUUGCGCGACGCUACAAAGGCCACCCUGCGGUGUCCGGCAUAGCCGUCUGCAAUGAGCCCAGUGAGAAGGUGCCAGCUGAUGUGCUUUGCCAGUUCUAUGACGAGGCGGUUCGAACCAUUCGAACCUUCAUGCCGCCAGAUGAAGUCAGCAUCGUGUUGCCAGUGUACAGGACAGAGCGACUAGAUGAGAUCUGGCGACUGUGGAACCGCGUCUUGGACGGCUUUGCGAGCCAUGCGAAUGUGGCCUUUGACCUCCACUUGUACCACUGCUUUGGCGCUUGGUGGCAACGCCAAGGGCUGGGAAGUCACCUCAGGAUGACCAAGCGCCAUCGCAAGAUUCUUCGGCGUGUGCCGGCUGUGGUUGGCGAGUGGAGCCUGGCACUACCAGACAGGGCACUUGCCCAGACUGACAUCGAAGAGGCACAGGAUCAGGCUUACAAAGCCUUUGCGGCCGCACAACUGGAUGCCUACAGCCACGCAUCGCAUGGCUGGUUUUUCUGGAACUGGUGCGACUCUCCAGCCCACCAUCCAGGCUGGGAUGCCCGCACGUGCUUUCAGCGUCAUUGGUUGGCUCAGGCAGAUCUCUGCAAAAGCGGAGCGCCGCUGAUUCCUGUUGGAGGUGUUUGA